GGGAGGACGGUGGUGGUGGGGAUAAGGAGGGAGGCGGCGAGCCACGAGCUGCUGACGUGGGCGCUCGUCAAGGUCGCCGAUGCCGGCGACCGCGUCGUCGCACUCCACGUCGCCCCCGCCGCCGGAGGCGGAGGAGGAGCGGCGGUGGGGUUGGAGGAGAGGAGCGACGCGGAGGCGGACUCACUGGUGUCGGUGCUCGCCGUGUACGACGGCUUCUGCAACCUCAAGCAGAUUAAUUUGGAGCUCAAGGUCUGUGGAGGAUCAUCUAUCCGGAAAACUUUGGUGAAAGAAGCGGCUUCUUAUGGUGCUGCACAUCUGAUCCUCGGUGUUGCAAAGAACACCCUAUCUUUUAGAUCCUCUAUUUCAGUUGCCAAGUACUGCGCAAAAAGAGUUCCAGUGGGUUGCUCGGUUCUUGCAGUGAACAAUGGCAAGAUUGUUUUCCAUAAAGAUGCGGUACAACAAGAACCAUAUCACAGCACUAGCACAGUGAAUGAGACACCAAGGAGGAGCUACCGGAAGCUCCUGACAUCCAUGAUUGGGGAGAAACUUCGAAAUGAUUAUGAACAAGAUAACAGGUUGAUUUCUCGGGCUGUCACCAUGCCAACAAGCUCUCCUGUACCAACAAAAGAAGUUUCAUUGGCACUAGUCCCAGUGAAGGUUCACCGGCGUGAAUCGCCAGAGGUGGCAACCGGCUGGCCAUUCCUUAGGAAAAAGUUCCUGCCUGACCGAAAACCUGCCUUGCAUGACAGAUCAAAAAUAUCUGUGGUGCAGUGGGCAAUGCGGCUCCCUAGUAGGUAUUCAUCAGCCUCACCAGUCCGUUCAGAGUACAGAAACACAAGACCAGGUACCACCACCUGUGCCAGUCGUAUUUUGCGGGACAGGGUGGUUGUCCCUUCGAGAAGCAAUUCAGGAAAGUCUUCUGUGGUAAUUGAGGAAUUGGAUAAGGAAGUUCCAGAGGAGUUGAUCUCACUGAGAGAAAAAUUCCCUUCCGUUUAUUCUUCAUUCAGUUACAGUGAGCUUGCAAAGAUCACUUCUGAUUUCUCACCUGAAUGUAUAAUUGGACAAGGUGGCACUAGCCGAGUUUACAAAGGUUGCCUGGCAAAUGGCAAGGAGAUGGCAGUAAAGAUACUGAAGUACUCGGAUGAAGUGCUGAAGGAGUUCGUCUCAGAGGUUGAGAUUAUCAGCUCUCUCAGCCACAAGAACAUUAUAUCCCUUACAGGUUUCUGCUUCAAGGACGCUGACCUUCUGUUGGUCUAUGAGUACUUGCAAAGGGGCAGCCUAGAAGAGAUACUGCAUGGUGAGAAAGGAUAUGGCAACUUAUUCGGAUGGACUGAGAGGUUCAAUGUAGCCCUUGGAGUUGCUCAUGCACUAGAUUAUCUCCAUGGUAAUGGCAACAAUUGUCCAGUGAUACAUAGGGAUGUCAAGUCAUCAAACAUCCUCAUAUCAGAGGAUUUUGAGCCAAAGUUAUCAGAUUUUGGCCUUGCGCUCUGGGACACUGAUGCGACAUCCCAGAUCACAUGCAACGAUGUUGCUGGAACUUUCGGAUACUUGGCUCCAGAAUAUUUCAUGCAUGGCAAGGUGAAUGACAAAAUUGAUGUGUACGCUUUUGGUGUCAUUCUUCUUGAGCUCAUUUCAGGCAAGAAACCUCUUUGCACUGGUUGUCCGAAAGGUCAAGAGAGCUUAGUGAUGUGGGCAAAUUCCAUCAUACAAGGAGGAAAACUCACACAACUUGUAGAUCCUAACUUGCCCACGGUGGACCAUGCCAACAAAGUGGAGAGGAUGACCCUUGCGGCCUCCCUCUGCAUCAGACCAACACCCCAACACCGUCCUCACAUUGCAGAUGUUCUGAAGCUACUUAAUGGAGACAGUAGUAUUCUGAAAUGGGCUAGAUCAGAAGUAGGAUUGUCGUAUGACAGUGAUGGUGAUGAAGCUGUGGUUACACCGCCAGCGAAUAACCGCAACAUCCAGUCUUACAUCAAUCUUGCAUUUGAUGUCGAUGACGAUUCUGCCUCUGUCAGCAGCAACGAUUUCAUCGCCGCAAACACUUCCUUGGAGGAGUAUUUACGAGGAAGAUGGAGCCGAUCAUCGAGCUUCGAUUGAUCAAUCCAUGGCAGACUAGUCAUUUUUGUAUAGUCGGUGUAGAUCUUUUUUUUUUUCCCUUCUUCUUAGUUAACUUUUGUUCCUUGGAUGAGAAGUGGCACAUGCAGGAUGCCCUCCUCCAAGUCUAUCCUUAUGAUGUCAUAAUUCUUGUUCUCCCAUAAGUUAUGGGUCUGUUCUUUCAUACUAGAAGGAUGUAAUUUCCUUUGUCAAACCAAAAUUCUCUCAUCCAAAGGAUGAGAAAGAAGUGAGAAAUAAAACAGGAAGACUGUUAUUGC